UUCCCCUCCCGCGAAGCGCCCGUGCCAAGGCCCGGAAAUCGCGUGGGGGCAGCUGCGCGGCCCGGCCGAGGCUCGGGCAAGCCGGGCUCUGACGCCACCGGCGUUGACUGCGGCUGCGGGGCGCGGGGAGGGCGAGGGCGACCGCGCAGCCAGAGCGAAGCUCGGGGCGGGGCUGGAGAAAUGCCCGCGCCGGCGGGGGCGCCUGCCCGGCGUUUGUUUACAUCCCGCGCGCGUCUCGGUCGUUUUGCUCCCUGGGGAAGGAAGGAAAAGCGGCGGGUCUCAUCGGAAAAGGAAGCCGGGAGUUGGGUGUCCAAAGGCCGCGGAUCUGCCCAGAGCGGAGGGCGAGUCGCGGGCUUUCUCCCUCACCUCAGGGGGUAUUUCAUAUGUGGAUGCUGUUAUAAUGUACUUUAUGUGAGGCAAGUGAGGCAGUCAGUGUGUGCAGUGGUUGAGGACAACAUGGGCUCUGGAGUCAUUUCCUGAAUUCAUAUCUCAGUUCUGUUGUACAUAAUACAUGUGACUUGGACUUAAUCUGUGAAACGGUGAUAAUGAGUUAAUACAUGGAAAGCAUACAAAACAGUACUAAAUGUAUAGACAGUUUUGGCAUGUGACUGACUUACACUUAGAUCCUACUUACCACAUCACAGAUGACCACACAAAAGUGUGCUCUUCAUCCAAAGGAGCAAAUGCCUCCAACCCUGGCCCCUUUGGUGAUAUUCUGUGUGAUUCUCCAUAUCGACUUAUUUUGUCAGCAUUUGAUUUUAUUAAAAAUUCAGGACAAGAAGCAUCUUUCAUGAUAUGGACAGGGGAUAGCCCACCUCAUGUUCCAGUUUCCGAACUCUCGACAGACACUGUUAUAAAUGUGAUCGCUAAUAUGACAAUCACCAUCCAGAGUCUCUUUCCAAAUCUCCAGGUUUUUCCUGCACUGGGUAAUCAUGACUACUGGCCACAGGAUCAGCUGCCUGUAGCCACCAGUAAAGUGUACAAUGCAGUAGCAAACCUGUGGAGACCAUGGCUAGAUGAAGAGGCUAUUCAAACUUUAAGGAAAGGUGGCUUUUAUUCACAGAAAGUUACAACUAACCGAAACCUUAGGAUCAUCAGUCUAAACACAAAUUUGUACUAUAGCCCAAAUGUCGUGACCCUGAACAAGACUGACCCAGCAAAUCAGUUUGAAUGGCUAGAAAAUACACUGAACAGCUCUCAGCAAAAUAAAGAGAAGGUGUACAUCAUAGCACAUAUUCCAGUGGGAUAUCUUCCCUAUUCCAAUGGCACCACAGCAAUGAGAGAAUACUAUAAUGAGAAACUGAUAGACAUUUUUAGAAAAUAUAGCAAUGUCAUUGCAGGACAAUUUUAUGGACAUACUCACAGAGAUAGCAUUAUGAUUCUUUCAGAUAAAAAAGGAAGUCCAAUAAGCUCUUUGUUUGUGGCUCCUGCCGUUACACCAGUGAAGGGUAUUUUAGAAAAACAAACCAACAAUCCUGGUAUCAGAUUAUUUCAGUAUGAGCCUCGUGAUUAUAAAUUAUUGGAUGUGUUGCAGUAUUACUUGAACCUGACAGAGGCAAAUCUGAAGGGAGAAUCCAACUGGAAGCUGGAGUAUAUACUGACCCAGACCUAUGACAUCGAAGAUUUGCAGCCGAAAAGUUUAUAUCAAUUAGCUAAACAAUUUGCACUGCUAGACAGUAAGCAGUUUAUAAAAUACUACAAUUACUUCUUUGUGAGUUAUGACAGCAGUGUAAUUUGUGAGAAGAAAUGUAAGGCCUUUCAAAUUUGUGCAAUUAUGAAUCUUGAUCGUAUUUCCUAUGUAGAUUGUCUCAAACAAUAUUAUAUAAAGCACAAUCACUAGUAUUUCUCUGUUUGUGUUCAUAGCAAAUGUAACACUGCUCUCUUUCUGAGAUCAGUUUGUGGGAAUUGUUAUGUUAAUGUUUGUGAAAUACUGAGUGGGAAAGCAGAAUUCCUGUCUUUGCUUUCCUUUUUAUGAUACCCAAAUAUAGAUAUUUUUGAGAUUCUAAAUUUUUAUUACAUUGAAUAUAUUUAAACUGCCCAUUAAUAGAAUAACAUUUGGAUGUAAAUAUCGUAUCUUCCAGUUUAUAUAAUUAUAUCUAAUUUAUAACCUUGUUGAAAUGGUCAUUUAUACAAUAAAGCAAAUGACUUCUCUCUAA